CUGCGCAAAUUUCCCCGGGGCGGGGCCGACUGACGUCACGCAGCGGCCCCUCCCCCCACGGAGGCCCCUCCCUCCGCAGACCUGCAGGAGUGCGGCGAUGUGGUGUAGGGACUGUGACGUCACGCACAGCAGGCGUGAGCGGCAGGCGCAGCAGGUUCUGGAAUACGAGAACUGAUCCCACUAAUUCCAGUGGUGACCCGAGUUCGGCGCUGCAGCAGAAAGGUCGAGAGGGGUCCGCAUUCCGCUUCAUAACAGGCAACUUCAAGAAGAUGGCCCCUGGUACAGAAGGGAGAGAUGAAGAAAGCCCAGCUGGACAUCCAUCAUAUGUACUGAAUCCGCACUUGAGCACAAUUAAAGAGGAUAUUUUAUACCAUUUUAACCUGGGCACUGCCAGUCAUGAUCUGCCAGCCAUGUUUGGGGACGUCAAAUUUGUGUGCGUUGGAGGCAGCCCCUGGCGAAUGAAGUCUUUCAUACAGUACAUUGCUGGGGAGCUGGGGCUGGGAGACCCCAAAGCUGAGUACCCCAACUUCUGCGAAGGCACGGAUCGCUACUGUAUGUACAAAGUGGGGCCUGUACUGUCUGUCAGCCAUGGGAUGGGUAUUCCCUCCAUUGCUAUAAUGUUGCAUGAGCUCAUCAAGCUCCUGCAUCAUGCAAAAUGCUCCAAUGUGACCGUAGUGCGCAUCGGGACCUCAGGUGGAAUAGGUCUCGAGCCAGGCACAGUGGUUGUCACAAAGCAAUCAGUGGAUGCCAAGUUCCAGCCCCAGUUUGAGCAAGUCAUUUUAGGCAAGACAGUGAUCCGCCCUACAGACCUGGAUGAAGAGCUUGCUCAAGAACUGCUGCAAUGCAGUAAGGAGAUAGACGAAUUCAAUACUGUCAUUGGGAACACAAUGUGCACUCUGGAUUUCUAUGAAGGGCAAGCUCGCCUGGAUGGUGCCUUCUGUUCCUACAGUGAGAAAGACAAGCUGAAUUACCUGAAUGAGGCCUAUUCUGCAGGAGUCAGGAACAUUGAGAUGGAGUCAUCUGUGUUUGCCUCCAUGUGUAAACUGAGUGGCCUCCGAGGGGCAGUCGUGUGUGUGACGCUGCUGAACCGGCUGGAAGGCGACCAGCUGACCAGCCCUCAUGAAGUCCUUGUGAACUACCAGCUCCGUCCGCAGAAGCUUGUGGGGUAUUUUAUAAAGAAACAGUUGCAAAAAAGCAAUUAGCUAGUAUACUCAUUACAGCAGAUGACUGUAGGCUGUUCUUUCUUUUUUACAUUGAAGACCACGACACAUAUUCACAGAAAUUCACUUCUAGAUUGAAAUUUUAACCCUUAUAGUGAUUUUACUGACUUCCUGAUGUUAUUUUGUAAAUAAACAGAACAGCCUUUACUACUAAACCAACAAUUCUUCUUAAUUCAGUAGCACUUGGUAUGUAGAUCAUAUAAUGUACUGUAUUCUCUUCAAGAAUAAAAUGGUUUUGUGCCAAAGUAUA